AUGCCUCAGGACCCCUAUGCGGAUGCCUCCAUCGGGAAUGUCACCGGGAGCAACUCUGUGAACGUGUUUCUGGGUUUGGGACUUCCCUGGACCAUCGGCUCCAUCUACUGGGCGGCCAUGGGCCGAACCGAGGAGUGGCAAACGAAAUACAGCGGCCAGGCGCGCUUUGAAAGCUGGAACAGCGAUGGUGGCAAGUUCGUCGUUAUAGGCCACUGA